CUGCUCUGUAGCAAUGCUCCUCAAGCAUACGUGAUCUUAGUUUUAGGAGAUUAUGUCUAAUAUGGAUUUAGAAACAGUUGAUGUCGUCAUCGUUGGCAGUGGAAAUGCAGGCCUCUCUGCUGCUGCGUCAGCGAAAGAGCACGGCGCACGAGGUGUAGUGGUGCUCGAGAAAGCGCCAGAGUCUUGGGCAGGUGGAAACUCGACGUUUACAGCUGGCGCAUAUCGAACGGUGUUUUCAGGUCUCCACGAUGUGCUUCCACUGGUCAACAAUGUCCCGCACGAUAUGAUAGACAAGAUUGAUAUGGAACCAUAUACAAAGAAUGAUUUCUUGCGCGACCUGAAUCGAAUGUGUAAUAACCGUAGCGAUCCGGAAUUAGCGAAGACACUUGUUGAGGAGAGCAACGAGACGACAAAGUGGCUACAUAAAAACGGAAUCAGAUUCCAACUCAGCUUUAAUCGCCAGGCCUACGAGAUCAACGGACGACAGAAAUUCUGGGGUGGUAUGGUGCUGAAGGUCGAAGACGGUGGCAAAGGUUUGAUCAAGCAGCACCUAGAAAAUUGCAGGCGACUCGGAGUAGAUGUUCGUUACGAUAGCUCGGUCGUAGAGCUGUCCUUGGACGAGAGAGGAUCCGUUAAGGGUGUUUCGAUAAAGCGGACUGACGGGACGACAUAUACACUUCUUUCUCGCAGUAUAAUCCUUUGUGCUGGUGGAUUUGAGGCGAACCCACAGAUGCGAGUCCAGCAUCUUGGCCCAAAUUGGGAACUGGCCUAUGUUCGAGGUACCCCAUACAAUACGGGAGACAUGCUUAGACUGGCGAUAGAUGAGGUGGGCGCUAUGCCCACGGGUGACUGGUCUGGCUGUCAUUCCACGUGCUGGGACUUCAACGCUCCUAUGAAUGCUGGAGACCAAAGACUCACGAACCAAUUCACCAAAUCAGGAUAUCCCCUCGGUUUGAUGUUUAAUAUCAAGGGCUUGCGAUUUGUCGAUGAAGGGGAAGACAUGAGGAAUUACACGUAUGCCAAGUUUGGGAAAGCGAUCCUGCAGCAGCCCGACGGCAUUGCCUUCCAAGUUUGGGAUGCAGAGGGAGCCGCUUGGCUUAGAAAGGAAGAGUACGGCGAGGACGUGGUGGAGAGACUAACUGCAGAAUCUCUUGAAGAUCUCGCGAAGAAGCUGAGGGAAAAGGGCAUGCGCGAUGAAAGGGCGUUUCUAAGGAGUAUUCAGGAAUACAACGAAGCGGUGACGACAUUUCAGAAGGAGAAUCCUGAUAAGAGUUGGAAUCCCUCAGAGAAGGACGGACUUUCCACUGUCACUUCGAACGGUGGGCUUGCUCUUGGUCCUAACAAGACGAACUGGGCCACUCCUAUUAUCAAGCCGCCGUUCCUUGCGGUCAAGAUCACGUGCGGCAUCACAUUCACGUUCGGCGGGCUGAAGGCGGAUGCACACACAGGCGCAGUAAUCAGACUCGUAGACAAGCAGCCCAUUGAGGGCCUGUUCGUUGCUGGCGAAAUGCUGGGAGGCAUCUUCUAUGACAACUAUCCUGGCGGGAGUGGGUUGACUGCCGGGGCCGUAUUUGGGCGCAGAGCAGGACGAGAGGCGGCCAAGCUAGCAAAGGCAAAGCAAAUAACGGUAUGCUGAGAGAAACGAUCGCUGACGA